AAUUGUUUCCUUUUUCUUUUUUUUAAAAAAAAUCCUAUUCUUCAGUUUAGAUGGUCUUUCCAGGAUUAACACAAUCUUAUAGCCACACUUCAUUUCCUUCAUUUCAAACUGAAUCCUUAAAUAACCCAGGUAUACGCGUCUUUGAAUAACCAUCACUAAUCCAUAUAGAUUAUUGGAAGACAGCGCACUGGACGACAUGGUCUCCUGUUCAAUACACUAUUAACCUAUUGCAACUCAAUCCUUGUUUAACAAAAAGUCUUGUCACAGACUUUUUUAUUCAAGAUCUAAAGUCGAUUGAGAAGAACAUGCGAAAAGAAGAUAAAUACAAAGCGAGAAUCAGGUCAAUACGCCAGGCAUUCACAGAAGACCAGCGUAUGUUUGAUCAUUUUUGGGCUCAACAUAGUGAGAACUUGAUGAAGCUGGUGAUUGAGAACCAAGUCAGAAAAGCAGCAGAAAAACUACAUCUAUCCUUAAAGCGAUCGUUUGAUGAUUUUUUCACUCCACAAGCCAAACGAAGAUGUAUAGAAAACACUGCUCAGCAUCAGCAAGAAGCGACUCAGAGCCAACAAGAAGCAACUCAGAAACAACAGCAAUUGACUCAGAGACAGCCGCAAGCGAUUAAAAAGCAACUACGAGCGAUUCAGAAACAACAACAAACGAUUCAGCAUCAGCAACAAAGCACUGUAGACACAAGGUUACUGCAUGGGACAACAGCUGAUUCAAAGACUGAUCACUCAAUUCAACCCAACUUUGCCUUUCCUGGUGAAUGCUUUUACAAGAUUAUUCAAGCAACAGUCAAUAUGAAUCACAUAUCCAAUGAUGGUCAUACUACAAACCAACUGACUGUUCCCUCCACGUCUGACCAACAAGCAUCUUCUACUCCCAAUGAUCUCGCCACAGUAUCUGAUCAACAGCCUGUUUCAUCAUUCGUGACUGAACAGGCUUCUGCUCAUCAAGCACCUAUUAGGGCUGAUCAAAACUCAAUCAUGAUAGACAGAUCUACGCCUAGACCUAUGAUUGCUAGCCAAUGUUUAACCGUGACAGUAGCGGACAAAGACAAGAAAGAGAAUAAGCAAAAAGAGGAAAAAGAAGCUCCAACUAAAAGUGAAGAAGAGACGGAGGAAGAGGAAGAAAUAGAAGUUACAUCUCAAACUGAAAAGGAAGUAGAAGAGACAACAGCUCAAACCGAAGAAAACGAUAUUGUUACUCAUCGUGACUUGGGAGAAAUGCUCUAUCGAAUUCAAGAACAAGAAAGUGCUAUGCUUCAAACUAAAAAGCAAGAAGAGGCUAUGGUUACAAUUGAAAGAGAAGAAGGAAUGAUAACAGAAGAACAAGAGGAAGAGAAAAAUACAAUUCAAACUGAAAAACAAGAAGAGGAAGUAGAGAAAGAGCAAGAAGAACAAACGACACCUCCUACUGAAAAAGAAGCCGUUUUUCAAAAUGAAGAGAAAGAAAAAAGUGUUGUUCAGGUACCUAAAAAACACAAGAUUCAUCACAUCAAAUUAGCAGAUUCAACCAAGAAGACCAGAACACAGGAAGAAGCACAGAGAAAAGAUAUUGUUGAAGUAGACAUGCUAUUUUACAAAGAACGUCGAAGUAUAGGCACCAUUCUUAAACGAUGGGCAUUUACAGUCCACACAGCUCUUUAUCAUCAUAAGGAACCUGUAUCUGACUUGGCCAAGCGAAAUAUGGCUAUUGCACUUUCUUCUGUGCUUGAUCUGGGACAAGGUUAUCGAGAACCUGAUUCCCAUGGCUAUUUGUUUGGUUUGGAUUGGCCCAUGAUAAAAAAAGACUUGAUGGCCAAAUCACCCCUCUCGGUCACAAAAGACGAAGUCAAAUUACUCUAUGAUAAACAAUGUCGCAGAAAGAAUAUCGAGAGUGUAUACCAUGAAAUUCAGUCCAAGACAGCCCGUGAAUCAAAUCCUUUUGACAUUGCGAAUCUAUGGCGUAUCUUGCGACACUGGCUAACCCUGUUGCGACAAAAGGAUUCUGUCUUGUCUGGAUCAGCUAAUAUGUCCAACAUUGAGUAUUUUCAUUGUCUAUGGUCUACUAUCUUUCAACUCUUAUUUCCUGCUGCUCAAAAGAUUCGACUCAAGAUUGGUGAUUUAGAUCAUCAUCAUCCAAACAAUACUGUUUUUAGUUUUAAAUUGGCUGUUCAAGUCGAAGGAAAAGAGAUCUCAUUGGCUGUAGGUGAAUGCAGUACAACACAUACACCUGUGGAGGACAGACUGAUACGAAAAGGCAAAGUAGCGUUGGAUGAUAUGAUACAAUUAACUGGCUUAUCUGAAGAUACACGCUGUAUGACAUGGCUUAUCCAUAUCACAGGCCUUUCUUGUACUCUAUCUACUAUUGAACUAUUGGCCAAUGGAUUGUAUGUGCAUAUACCUCGUUACUCUUUUGUUAUUCCUUGUUCAUUCAGUGAUGUUCGUUUGUUUGGACAGUGUAUAUCUGAUCUAGUCAAAAUGCAACAUGAACUUAGACUUGCCCUUGAUCUGAUGUCUCAACCUGUCCAUCGUCCUAAACACACUAAAUCCCAUCGAAGUAGGAAAUCAGGAUGGAUUCGAGAUACUUGGUAUGCUCCUCAAGGCAAUUUGGAAUCCCGCAUACCAACUUAUUUCACAAAGCCACCUCCAUUACAUCGAAAGAUGAUGAUGGAAGAAGAAGAUCCUUAAAUAAGAAUAAUAACAAUAAUAAUAAUAAACUUAUCAUUUUAAACUCC